UUGCUUCUCGGAAUGAAAACAACGUCAAUUUCUACUCACUUUUCAUCAAUUUUAGAAAUCAUUAGAGCUUGGUAGCUUCCAUGAAACACACUUCAAACAAAUAAAAAAAAAAAAAGGUUGCCGUUGGGGCAAACCAACAAAUAUGUCAAAGACUCUCGAACAAUGGAACGACGCCCUCUCCCAAGGGGUAAGCGAAGGCAACGUCACCCUGGUGCAGACCUCUCUCAACCACGGUGCCAACAUUAACGCGUUCGCCCUCGGACCAAGAAUGAGAAAAAUGACGCCUUUGACCAUGGCCAUCCGCUACGAUCAACUGGAAAUUUUCAAAAUUCUCGUCUCCCGAGGUGCUGAUAUCAACAUGACGGAGCGCUAUGGCACCACUCCUUUGAUCCUCUGCAUCCAGAAGGACAAGCUAGAAAUGACGCGGCAUUUAAUAUCCGUGGGGGCCAACACCUGCAAGCCCGACAGAAGUGGUGCCACGCCCUUAUCGUGGGCCGUAUCCACACAAAACGUGCCCAUGAUCAACCUCCUCCUGGACAAUGGGGCCAAGUUCACCAUGCACACUUGCCUCGUGGACGCCGUGACUUUGAACAACCUUGAUAUCAUCAAGCUGCUGAUUGACAAAGGGGCUAGUUUGGACUUCGAAGAUGACAAUGGGUACACGCCAUUAAUCAAGUCAGCAGAGGCCGGGACCCUGGAAAUCGUCAAGGAGCUGGUACGACGCGGCGCCGACAUCGACAGGCCCAACCAGAGCUGGAAAACCCCUCUACUUUGCGCCAUCGAAAUGGGCAACUUCGAAACGGCGAAAUUUCUGAUAGAAAACGGCGCAGAAGUAAACAUGUGCGCGAACCAACAAAGCACGACCCCGCUGAUAAAGGCCCUAGAAAGCGGCAACCUAGAUUUCGUCAAGCACUUGGUAUUGAACGGCGCAGACGUGAACAAACAAGAUCUGAACAGAACCUACCCCAUCAUGAGAGUCAUCGAGCUUGGGAACUGCGCCAUGUUGGAUUACUUGAUCAGGAAAGGCGCAACGACGGACGUCUAUGACUACGCGGGUUACAGCCCGUUUUUAAGAGCCGUGCAAAAGGAAAAUUUCCUCAUGGUGAAGUGUCUGGUGCGUAAUGGAGACGACGUGAACCAAGUGCGCAAAAAAAUCAUACAAAAAAGGGUUUCCGAGGAUGCGAAAGACAAGAAAAGUAAAAAGAACGGUAAGAAAAAAAGUAAGAACAGUAAGAAGAGCGAAAAGAGUAGUCGAAAAGGUUCGGCUACGGAUAUGGAGAAUGAGGAAGACGGAAAAAAGGAGAAAAGUCCGGUGUUUGCAAUCCUGGCGGACGAUAGAUCCGGGGAAAAUGGUUUGUCUAUAGCUUUGGCGAAUCACGACUGGCGGACUUUUCAGUAUUUGGUGGCUUCCAAGGCUGACGUGAGCGAACAACUGAACAGAGAAAUCAAAGAGAUGGCGCAGAAAAAUAAAAACUUUGCCACUUGGAUCAAGAGUUUUAGGGUUGGUGAAGUCAGUGGGAUUUACCGUCGAAGUGAAAGAAGUGGUUGAGCUGCCGACGCUGCGGUUGCGGCACGUCGACUUGUAAGUCUGGAGGAUCUAUUCUUGAGGUCGAUGGAUUCUGGAUGUUGAGGGCUAGGCGGCACGUUGGGCAGGAGGUGUCCUGUUCUAACCAUGACAGCAAGCAAGUACUGGAAAACAUUUUACAUACGUAACAUAAAUUGUAGUGACAUUUUAAUAGUGUGGAUUGUAAAACAAUACCCCACUAAAAAUUAUUUGAUGAGGUCACCUCAAAAUUUUCAGAAGUAAUAGCAGUAAUUUAUUAAUCUACACUUACUUAUGGAACAAAUGUGUACACGGCAACUUCCUGGCCGACUCCAUUUUCUCCCAACAGAUUGCGCAAUUGUCGGAGUUCUCUACGAGUUCUUCGGACGACGCCAUCGGAUAACUGAAAGAUGAAACUCGGUAUUCUGUUUAUUGGAGUGAUAAAAUUUCGACUUACUUUUGUUCCAGAUGGUUUCUGACCCAGAGAUAAUUUCUGUGUUUUUUAUAUCUCCUUUGUAUUUCGUGGAAAAGAUAUCGCAACUGCAUGCAAAUGACUAGACUAGCCAUCGACAGAAAUAUGUUGCUCCACACCAGCAUGUGCAGGUGAUGAACGAAGUCGAUGAUUAGCGCUGUGAGUUCGAACCCUAGUUCUGUGUAGUAGGCGAUGGGGCCUCUCUUCUCCCAUACGCGAUUUUCCUCGUUUGUGCUUACGGAGGAUGAGCCUUCUUGACGCAUGUCGUAGAGGUGGAGAGCGUAUCUAAUUAUGACGUGGAGGGUGCGGAUGCUCAACAGAACCACCUGAAAAAGAAAAGAAAAACAUACUUGUAUUAAUAAAGAAUUAUUUUACAUAUA